CGUUCUCACACAUGAAGAGGUAGUCUGGAUCCUGGUCUUUGGAACCCCCCCUUCACCUAAAGAGUGCUGAGCUAUUCAAAUCCAUCGAAAAUUCUUGCGGGAAAUAUGUUGAUACCGAAUGGACUUCUUGGAGCUCGUCCUUUGUUAAAAUAAGAAUAAAAGCUUAUUGUGAAAUCCCUGAAGAAGUCCCCAUCUGUUUUGAAAACAAGAUGUUCUCGACGAAGGUUGUUCUACCGCCGAUAGUCAACUCUCCGACGAAAGUUUCUCGUAACCAACGUCUUUCAAAAUGGAAGGGGAAGGGACGCCACUCGUCCAUUGAGUCGCUACGGGAGUCCCAAUGGAAUGCGGCUCCCCUUUCCUUGGGUGAUGGGGUUUUGGCGGCGAACGAUCCUUCAUCUUCUAAAUCAAUCCUCAUGCAGCGUAUGUCCCGAGCAAACGGUCAUCAAAAGCAGGCGUGGGUCAGAAAACAAGGCCCAUUACGGAACUACAACAAUGUUUUCUCAACCAACGUUAGUGGUAACAACCCUGUUGGACCAGUCGAGCUGCCUCCUGGGCCCAAGAAUGCAGUGAGAAUCAGCAAAUCGAGCCCUCUUAUAUUCAAGUUUUUGUCAUUCUUAAUGGGCUGCCACUCAGGACUGGUGGAAUUACUCAUAAUCAACAAAGUGGGCUUCACUUCUCGGCCCUCUUCAUCUCAAUGACCAUCCCCAAUCCCAUUACUGAGGAAACCCAGUGGGAUACCUGUCUUAUCUCCCUUAGCCUUUCCCAAUCCUUCCUACCUGCCCAUCUAGCCACCUUACUAAAAAACCUAGCCCUUAGAGUCGAAUCAAGAUCAAUCCAAACAUUACCCUGCAACCCUCCACAUCAUACCAACCUUCACUUAUCCCCUAAAACCUCGCCAGAGAUUGCCACCCCUCCUCGAUCCCCCACCCCCAGCUUGAAAAUGAUACCAUGCACACCCUCUGGAAACAAUCUUUGUCUUCCUUCCUCCCGCAUUCACCCCCACUACCCCUCCAUCCUCACCCUCAAACAACCUAGCCUGCCUAAAUAACUUGCCUUCACCCUCCUGUACCCAAACUAGCCCGAUCUGGGAAUGGGAUUUUGAUUCUUACUCCUUCGAUGUUGAUACCCUUGAUCAAAGAAGUCUCAUCCUUGGCAGGAGUUUCAAGUUGAUAUCAGAAGAGAAUCAAGAGCAAGACUCAAC